GUCCCACUGUUCCUCCUUGUAAAUGUAUCUGGGAGACAAAUGAUUAAUACCAAAAUAACUCCAAAUGACUUGUUGUUGAAAUUACUUCCUAGCCACAAGCCUCGAUAAAAGCUAAACUGAUGACACAAGCAGCCGGAUUACACUGUGAAGAAGUCAUCAGCUGAAGUUCACCAGGAGGCCAAACAGCAGCAAAGUACAAUCAGCAUGAAGCAGACAUGACUUGCAAAACAGGUUGCGGGCGGUGCAUCUUGAUGUUUGGACACUCCCUUUAGCCAAACAGCAAACUCAAUGGAGCCAAACGAUGACCCCUGCUGGUCGCAAGAUGCUACUGCAACCCUGGUGCACGGUCUAUCCAGGAGACGCUUGUUGUUUGGGGAGGUUGGGUGCACAUUUGGCUGUACAUGUCCAGGUUGGUUCAACCCAUCUGCAGAGUCCCACCCCCCCUCUUUGAAGACGCAGACUUGAGGAAGUCCAGUGCACCCAGCAGCCGAAGACCCGGAGAGGAGGAGUGACGCCCCCGUUUCCCGGGCUGGUAUUUGCACAUCUGCCCCCUGCCCCCUCCCAGGAAGAGGAAGCAGGGCGACAAUGAUCGACCUGAGCUACUUGACGGAGGAGGAGCAGGGGCUCAUCAUGACGGUACUGAGGAGGGAUGCCCAACUCAAAAAGGCAGAGGAGCAGAGAGUCAGGAAACUGGAGAGCAUCCAGAGCGAAGGUUCAUCGCCCUCAGACUCCAAGCUUAAGUACCUGACGGGCGAGUGGUUCUACGAGGCCAAGUCCCGCAGACACAGGGACAAGAUCCACGGCUCGGAGAUCAUCCUAGCCUCCAUGAAGCAGACCAGAGCUUUCGAGGGAUCUUUUCGAGGUGAAGGACUCAAAGCAGCCAGCAGUCGGAGUUCCGACUUGUGUGCUCCACCAAAACCUGCCAGAUAUUUAGAUGUGACAUCACAGCAGGAGCUAAGUAAUGCAGACGAAGAGGACUUCAAAUCAGCAGGCCGCUCUCCAAGAACGAUGAGACACAACCCUUUCAACAGCGAGUCGCUUAAUGUUUUCGAGCCCACUGAAGAUGCUCACAUCCACUCACAGAGUCAAGAGCCAGAGACAGAGCCUGCCUCCUCCCUGAAGUAUGGACAACCAAGUGGGAGCAGUCAGACCUCCACCUCCACUACGUCAGACGGCUCCUUUGCAGGAUUCAAGCCAGUGCCCAAAAGGAGGACAUUUGCCUCAAAGCGGAACACCAGCCAGUCAGACAGCAGCGGCGUAGCCCUGGACCCUCAGGUGGGCUCAGUAGGAAUCAUCCCCGCCCCGAGGCAGAGCUUCUACCGGGGCUCAAGUGGAAGCUCCAACCAGUCCAAUCGGAGGGGUCAAAAAAUGGAAUCUACGGCGAUGGCCCUACCACUCCAUUCUGACGGGAUCUCCAAGGAGCCCCCGUGUGCCGUGUCUCAGGUUAUGUCUCAUUCCAGUCUGGAGGGAGACAAAACGCCAUCUUCCCUAAAUAUUGACAGAACAUUCCCAAGAAACGGCGAAUCACUCAACACGGAAACUGCACAGACAACCAAAAUCAAUUUAACCCAACGAGAUCAGUCGGAUCACGCCACUGGAAGCAUCCUGCAUCCAGAGAUUGGAGACGGUGUGUUGACAGGAAAGGAGGAACAAGAGUGGAGUUUACCUCGAAGUAUUGUGGGUGGCGAUCCUCCAAUAUCAUACGAUAUCAACUACACCGAGUCAUCUGAGCAGAAAGUCCAAAAGAGAUCACAUCAGAAACAUGCUUUCAAGUUGACUACGCAGACCUCCAGUCCCACUGGCAAUGAUGAGGACUCCAUUGCAAAGGUGCUGGACUGGUUCACCCGCAGCACUGACAGCAUCAACUGGCUGGAUGACAUAGAAGGGACGGAGGUUUCAAAGAGUCACUCUGGAAGACACUAUGAAAUGGACGCAUCGGGAACUGAGACAAUAAAGAGAGAGGAAGGAAGUGGUGGAAGUAUCCAGGAGAAGCAGACGAAGAUGCUGUCAGUGCAAGAACAAGAUUUGGGGCCAAAGGAUGCUUUGGAUGGGAUCGUGAAAAAUGACACUGAAAGCCAAACACACCAAAAAAUCCUCAACAAAUACCCCAACAACAUGACAGCCACGAUCCCAGGAGGAAAGGAUGAAUCAGGAAUCUUCAGCGGAAAGGUAACUUAUGCCAGAAACGGAGAGGAUGAGCUGAAAUAUUUAAGCGACAACCAGAGCACGAAGGAGUUCGAUCCACAUGUUGAUAGUUUAACAUUAGAGAAGGGUUCAGACGUACAAAUGUUACAUGUCGAGCACCUAAUGCCACAGUCACAAUCACCUCUGCAAUCCAGUCCAAAGCCGAAAGGGCUCACUUCAGUCCAAACAUACCCACAAGUGGACACCAGUUACCAGUCCAGAGAUCCUGCCACAGACGAAGUCCUGCCAUUGUUGAUCCACACUCAACUUGUUGACCCAGACUCUGAAAAGUUGUCGAGAGCAAUCCAGCCUGCAGACUUGAAGACCCUUGGGAGCAAUGUUGAGACGUUCACUACAACACAGAGACAUCCAGGCCAAGACUUGAUGGCGAGACACAGUAAGGAUCCAUCAAGCAUGUCUGCCAAAACAAAUGACCAAGCUGACAGUCCUCAUUCCCAAAGACAAAACCCUGUCCAGGAAGAAAGCACCACAAAGAAGAUCAGUCAGCUCAAAUAUUUCUGGGAGCAGGAGAGAACCAAGCCUGUGGUCCAUGGUGGGAGACCUAAAGCAGCUCGGGGUGCAAAACUGAAUAAAAGAUUCUCCAAAUCGGAGUUGGACUUGAGGGCCGUUAGCAACAAUUCAGGCAGCGAUGGGGAAGACUGUGAAAGAAACCAUUUGAAUCCAAGGUUAGAAAAAAUGUCCCCGACACUUGGAAAAAGCCGGGAACACUUUAACAGCUUGCUGGAGUUCUGGGAUGAUGCUACAACUGACUCCAAGUAUUUUGACAAACCCAAAAGCCCCACUAAACAACUGAAUAUUCAGCGUACACGUCAGGACUUGCAGAAUUCCGAACCUAAGUCCUUAUCUCCUGGUAAAACAUCUCAUCAUAGACUAAUCAAUGAUGCCACAAACAUCCUUCCCGGUCCUCAGGUAGCUAAGCCGAGUGCCUCAAAAGGACCCAAGGAGAUUGUGGGCAGACAGGAGAAAGCCACCAAAGCACCGACGUCUCCGACGAAGGAGGCUCAUUCUCCAAAGAGCCGCAAAGACAGCUUCAGCCGUUCCAGCGGUCGUGGAGGGUCCAUGCGUCGAGCCACCAGCAUGUUCACGCUCAUCGAUCCAGAGCCAAGUUCUGGUCAGCUGAAGAUAGACAUCAGCCCUGUCCACUCCCACAGCAGGAAAGGAUAUCAGUACAAGAGGCAAGCUUCAGAAGGAAAUGAGACCCCCCUCGCUAGAGCCUUUGUUCCCAGAGACUACCGCCACUACUUGGGGAUGGUCGAUGAACCGAGCAUCAACUCCACCCGGAAGGAGGAGGUUUCCCAGGCCUUGGGUGGGCCUGCGAGGACCAGCACCCCUGUGGGGUCAGGAGAAAGACACUUCAAGAGAACUACCAAGAUGAGUCCGCGUCAUCUGUGGACAAAUAACAGCACAGACGCUGAUCCAGAGACUUCUGGAAGCAGACCAUCUGAAUCCCGGUCCAACUCGAGGAAAACGUCCAACCGUAGAAAUUAUGACGACGACCAAAAUCCUGUGAGGAAAGCGUUGCUGCGAGCAGAAGCCCGGCCUAAACAUCUGGCUAAGAGUAUGGAGGACCUCACCGCAUCCUCGUCCCAAAGGCAAGAGCGACAACAAGAUCCAAAUGUUGACAUGAGACGAACCAGCAAUGCGGCCAUCCCAUUCCCUUCCUCAACCUUGUUCUCCAAUCCGGAGAACCUGAAGAAGAUGAGCAAAUCGGUUCCAUCAUUCUUGCAGAAGGAGGAUGACAACAACAUCUACGAGGACGUUUUCCUCCAAGGAAGAGACAUAAUGGACUUCUCUGACAUGGCCUCUGUCUCGUCUUUGAGCGGAAGCGUGACGACCGUGGACAGCAGCGACUUUGGCAACGUGGAGGUUCAAGGGAACAUCCAGUUCUCCAUCAACUAUGUGAACAAGCUGGGGGAGUUCCACAUCUUUGUGGCCGAGUGCCGAGACCUAGCGUCCGUCAACCCCAAGAGGGGGCACUCGGACCCUUAUGUCAAAAGCUACCUUAUGCCGGACAAGGUUCGCCUGGGGAAGAGGAAAACAUCGGUGAAGAAGAAGACACUUCAUCCGACUUUUAAUGAGAUCCUCAGGUAUCGAGUCAACAUGGACUAUCUCAGGACGCAGACGCUGGUUCUCUCCGUUUGGCAUAACGACACAUUUGGUAGGAACAGCUUCUUGGGCGAGGUGGACGUGGACCUUUCCAAAUGGAACGUUGACCACACCCAGAUGAACUGCUUAGCCCUGAAAGCCAGGACUCCGCCCCCUCUGCCGCUGUCAAGUGGUCAAGGAGAGAUGAGACUUGCCAUCCGUUUCCUGCCAAAGGCCCACUUCACUGAAGGGGUCGCCAAGGAUCGUCCAACGGCGGGAGAGAUUCACAUUUGGGUGAAAGAAUGCAAGAAGCUGCCUUUGGUCAGGACAAGCAUCGACCCAUACGUCAAAUGCUUCGUGUUGCCGGACACGAGCAAGAAGAGCCGACAAAAGACACGCGUGCUGAAGAGAACGACGGAGCCCGUGUUUAACCACACCAUGGUGUACGACGGCAUCCGAGAGAUGGACCUCGUGGAGGCCUGCGUGGAGCUCACCGUCUGGGACCGAGACCGGCUUGCCAGCAACCUGCUAGGGGGCCUGAGGCUGGGUGCUGGGACAGGUCAGAGUUACGGGUCGGCCGUGGACUGGAUGGACUCUACUCCCGCUGAGGUGGCGCUGUGGGAGCGCAUGGCGGCGUUUCCCAGUGAAUGGGCGGAGGACGUGCUGCCCCUGAGAACCCUGACCUCCACCAAAACUGCCUUGAGAUGAUUAAAAGUAUAUCACGCUAGUCAUACCGCCUUAGCAACAAGAGCAGAAACAUUAUAAUAAGCAUCUUUAACAUACUACAAACAUACACACUGACCAUUGCUCUGCUACGUGAACAACCAACCAAUGGCCUGGGACUAAAUGUCCUUGCCAAAGUUGCUACAAUGUCAGGUUGUUUUUUUUCCCCAGUCCAGCAAUACACUCAAUAUUCAUUCCUCUUUCUGCUCUCUGGCUCCCCCUGCUGGCCGUCAGGGCCACCUAGUGUAAGUCACUGUGGUUCAUUCCAAAUGAUUCCAGAAGAUUCUCUUCUUAUGUGGUCCAUUUCUCUUCUUAACCUCACCAGAGGAGAAGAGUGGUUGCAGAGUAAAAAAAACUGUAUUGCUGGUUUUAUUUUGGGGAUAGUUUAAUUGUUUUGUUUGUCUAUAUGUUGAUUCCAAAGUUGGAAUCAAAUAAUUACACAUGACUUUGAGAAGCGAUAAACAGCAUGGAGAAUAAACUACUUACUAUGAACAAAA